CUGAACAAGUGGGAAUCAACAACAACAGCCGAAAUAUAUGUUCUGAUCGGUCUUCUUCUAAACAUGGGGAUUGUGAAGCUGCCAGCUUCACAUCUGUACUGGAGCACCAUGGAGCCUUACAAAACAAAUAUCUUCAUACAAGCCAUGAGUCGAAAUCGAUUUCAAUUGCUGUACCAGACAAUGUUACAUUGCUGCACAAGCGACGAACAAAACAGAAUUAGAGGGGACAAAAUAGAUCCAAUUGUCCAACAAUUAGUAUCAACGUUUCAGAGGUAUUUUUGUCCUUAUCAAAAUGUAUCGGCCGAUGAAACCAUGAUUGCAUAUAAAGGAAGAGUUUCAUUCAGAAGAUAUAUGCCAAACAAACCGGUUAAAUGGGGCAUCAUUGCUAGAUCGAUUGCUGAUUCAACAACUGGAUACAUUUUCAAUGUAAAAAUAGAUUAUGGUAAUCCAAACUUGGAACAACUUCCACCCGGCGUCACAAAAACUUCGAAUUUAGUUUUGCAACUAAUGGAAAGUCAUCUGGAUAGAGGAUAUCACGUAUUUGUUGAUAGGUAUGUUGAUUAUUCGGUAUUGAUAAGACAAAUUAGAUAAUUUACGUCUCGGCGCCAUACUGCGUUCUAUUUUAGAUAACGAAUCAUUGUCGGAUAUAUCAAUCAAUUGCAUAAACUGUUUUAUCACAACCAAUUUUUAAUAAUAUUCAUUUUUAAUUUAGACUCUACAACUCUGUCGCAUUAGCCGAGGAAUUGCAGCGAAGGAAAACAUCGAUAACGGGAACAGUCAUGGCAAACCGGAAGGGACUUCCAGCAGAAAUAAAAACAAAACUAAAGAAAGGGGAAAUCAUCUCACUACGAAAAGGACAAUUACUCGCACUACUAUGGCAAGAUAAGAGGCCGAUUCC